CCUUAGAUUUGGCAAAAUCUUUGAGAAAGAUGGUUAGAAGUUCAUCGGCAACCAAAUUUUUAACUAUAAAACAAACGAGCACCAAAUUUUAGUGGGUGCCAUGUUUUUUCAUCGCUGGAGUUGGCUCAAAACGCUCUCUCUCUUUUCUUCUUUGCUUCCCGAAUCCUCUUUUUUGGCGUCUUCUGUGUUUCCUCUGUCUCUGAGCACCGCACACGCACCGACGCACGGCUCUCCCGGACUCCCGGUUCAUCUCCUCCUCCGCCGCCAACCUCUGAGGCUCUGACCCCAUCGCAUUGCCGACGCCGCUGCUUCCUCGUCUCCGUUCCCGUGACACUAUCUCUCCUCAACCUCCCUCUUCUCUACCUCGCCGGCUCGCUCUCUCUCCAUGGCCGAAGAGGACAGCCCAUCUCCAGUGCCGCCACCCCACAGAUCCCCCGGCCGCGGAGCUUCGACGGCGCCCCGUGUAAGAUCCGUCAGCGGGCGGCGGAGCUUCAGGCCGCGGCCCGUCCAAGAUCCGGCGGCGGUAGGAUCCUCGAGCGGCUGAACUUGGAGCCGCGUCGGCGUGGCAGUUCGGUCCGGGCGGCUGCGAAGAGGAAGAUGGGGAGAAGAGGGCGGCGACAAAGUGGCGACAUAGGGAAGGAGAUGGCGGGAGGGAAGCUCCGGGCGUGGCAGUUGCUGGAUGGGGGAAUCCUGAGGCCUGAGCAUGAUUUGGAGGAGCACGGCUCAAUUUGGGGAGGGCGAUGGGGAAACUGCUGGAGCCCGUUUUCUCCGCGUAUAAAUGGGGCUUCUGCUGGAGUUGCUCUAGGGCCCGUCCUCUCUUCCUCCAAAUAUCUGGCGGCAAGCAAAAGUGGCGAUGUCGGCGGCGGGUUUGGGAGCAGCCGGCGUCUCGCAUUACUCGGAUGGCGUCUUGAUGGCAGGCGUCUGCACCUUCCAAUCCCCGGCACCUCCUUCAGUUCUUGGGCACCUCGUCUCGAUCUCUGUCGGAGUCAGCAGGAUGGUGGCGGCGGCAGACAGCAUGGAAAGGUCGUCGGAUCUACGCUCCGCGCGAGCCAGCCAGAUUAUUCCAUCCAGGUCUUUCGUCAGGCUCGCCUGUUUAGCACAGCAAACCAGCAGCAACGGCAGACCACCACGAAGCCACAUCUGUACCUGGUGCUUGAUGACCACCAGAACGGAUUCACCAUCCACAAGCUUGACAUAGACAAUGACCUGGACGUCAGCUGCAGCUCUGAAGACCCGCUGAACUUCCACGAGCCACCCGUCAUCCACCUAGGGCCUCCAACAAUGGGAAAGGUUGCACAGUUUGCCGCCCUUUGGCAGCCACGUCAUCUCCGUAUGUCCCUGCACCAAAGGAAUGUCAAUGAUAGAAGAGGGCUUCGACGGUGCUACUGUCAUCUUCGACAGAAAGACAUCUGUGUUUUCUGUGUCCAGUAUUUUGCCGAGCAAGCUACCAUUCGGGCUUACACUGUCUUGCUGCAGAUCUGAAUGAUAAUGAGAGGCACUGGCCUUGGCAACCCUUGUCUGACGGCUCGCAGUUCUCUUGGAGUUGGACUGUCAGCCCUCCUAAGUUUCUGUUUGAUCCCAAGAGCAUCACUGCGUAUGGCGUGCACCCUUGCACGGGCACCAUCUUAUUGUCCGCUUCUGGGUUUGAGAGCUCGGGUACAUUUUCCUACGGCUCGGGAGGUAGUGGUCGGUGGAAGCGCCUUGGUGAUUGGGUGCUGCCAUUCAAAGGCCUUGCCCACUAUGAAAAUGUGCUGGGCGCAUGGGUUGGGCUUCACCUCCCCUCUCUUCAAACAAAGGAUACUUAUGUGUUGUACCUUUGUGUAUGCCCCGUCAUGGCUAACGGGCCGCCGCCGAAGUGGAAAGUAUGCACGAAGAAGCUUUUUAUGCAACACCCAUACUGGAGACAUGUGGAUGCAAAGCUCGUUUACAUGGGUGAGGGCAGCAAGUACUGCCUCAUGGAGCGCCUCACAUAUAAGGGAGGGGGCAAUAUGAUCUAUGCAAUCCGCCUGACCACGUUCACUGUCAUCUAUGGUGAGGACGGGGAGCUCAAGACCAUGCCUCACCGGCCUGCUCGUUUCUACAAGGCGCCCAGCUAUCUUUUUAAAUUUGAUGUGCAAGCGUUCUGGAUGUAGUCUAUGCUCCAAGCUGGCAAGCUUGAUCAUCUAACCAGCUUAGUUUGACAGAUUGUAUCUGCCAUACUUUUCGUGUUUUCUGCUAUUUAUUUUUGUCUGCCUGCCCGUUGUAUUUGAUGAGCUGGUGUUUUUUUAGAUUCUUAAUAAUA